UAGGUAAAUAUAAUAUAAAACCAAAAAACAAGCCAAAAAUACUUAUUAGUUUUGAAGUAUGCAUUUUCUGGUUGUGUUUGUUUUCCUUGGAGUUUGGUAAAAAUUAAUUAGUUUUAAGACGUGCAUUUAUGAUAUGAAUCAAAUUGAACCUAAAAGGCAUCUUUUUAAUCAUGUUUUUUCACAAUUAUCUUGUGAAUGGGAAGAAUUUCAGAAAGAAAAUACUACUUCUUGCACACAGAUGAAAACACUCACUGGAAAAUUAUUAAAACUUUUGUCAACAAGUGAUCUAUAUAGAAGAGAACUGCUACAAAAACAAGACAAUAUCAAAGUUUUAUUUCAAAUUGUUGAGGUUUUUUGUACAAAAGACCAGCAAAUAACCCAGAAUAUUCUUGAAUCGUUUUACCUAGCAUGUUCCCCAGAUAGCCGUGUUUCAUGUUUAGCAGAAGUUGGGUUGUUAUCAUUAUUGUUUAAAUGUUUGAAUAAAGUAGCAGCUAAUGUUUCCAUCUUGCAAAAUAGUAUCUUAUCUAUCGAUACAUUAGCAUUAUGUCAUGCUUUGAUUGCAAAGGUUGCCUACAAAGAGAAGAAGUUUGCUACCAUUUGUAGACUAUCUGGAGCACUGAAAUCAACAAUACUUUUGUUAAAAUUGUCUACCUCAGAUAAAAUGAAUUUGGCUUCGGUUGAUGUGUUGAGAUUGAAUGCUACCAGCUCUGUAAACUGUACUUUAAUGAUAAAAGAAGGAGUUGUUACUAUUUUACAAAGUAUUAUUCUGUCAUGCGGACAUAGAAAAUGUCAAAUUCUUAAAAAAUCUCUUGAUUUGCUUUCUACAAUUUGCAAGCUUGAAAAUGGUGUUAAAAAAGCAAUCAGGAUUGGAUUGAUGAAACAAUUAUUGAAUAUAUAUAAAUCUUGGCAUAAAUGGGACCUAAAAAACAGUCAUGUUGCUGUUCGAAAAUCUGUUUUGCAUUCUAUCAUUGCAUGUCUAAUGUUUCCUAUUGGAAGCAAAGCGUUUAUAGAUGAAGAAGGUUUCAAGACAAUUUAUUUUCUAGGGCUGGAACAACUUGAUAGACCAGACACUGAUGUUCUCGUUAAAGCAUCAAUUGUAAUUCUUAGAAAAUGUUUUGUGCAGAAAAUACCACUUUGUAGUUUAUUGAGCCUUUAUAAAUUUCCUCUCCCACAAAGUUCUCAUUUUGCUGAAAUAGAAAAUUUUUUAUCUGUUCUCACUGUAAAUGGAGAUGAAAUUGAGGAAGAAAAUGCAUACAAAGAUACGCAUGUCAAUAUUAGUAUCUGUGAUUACAUGAAUUUUAUGCCUGAACUUAAAGAAAAUAAAGAGUUGCAUUCACAACACAAUGUUCACAAACAAAAAUAUUCAGGAAAAGAUUUUGAUGGAGAAGUUAAACAAGAAAAAAGUCCUUUUCAACAUAUCUCUUCAUUUCUUAUUAAUCCAACAUUUGAUUACAUGUCUCCUAAUCAACCAGAACCUCUUUUAGAAAGGAAGCCAUAUUUACUUCGAUAUAAAAUAUUUGAAGACUUCCAAAGAAUCAUUUUUCCAGAUACUAUCAUAAAUCGCACAGUGUUUGAUUUAGAUGAGCUUACUCAUGAAAUAUACCCUUCUGGCAAUAGUGCUGACUGUGAAAAUGAAUCAUUGAAACCUGACAAAUAUUUUUGUAAUCUGAAGCCUAACCUUAAAACACAUUCCUCUUUAAGAAGUUUAUCGGGGCCAAUUCAAUUAGAAAUUAUUAAAAACAAUCCUUUGACAUUUGAGUCUCGCUUCGAAAGUGGUAAUCUUCGAAAAGCAAUACAGGUUAGAAGUCAUGAGUAUGAUUUACUACUGAAUGCUGACAUCAACACAAGCGGUCAUCAUCAAUGGUUUUAUUUUCAAAUUAGUAAUAUGGAACCAAAUGUACCUUACAGAUUCAAUAUUAUUAACUGUGAAAAAGCAAACAGUCAGUUCAACUUUGGGAUGCAACCAUUGCUUUAUUCUAUGAGACAAUCACAAAGAAGACAAGGAUGGAUAAGAGCUGGGACCAAUAUAUGCUAUUACAAAAAUUUCUAUGUCAAAGGCUUGUCAUCACAUAAACACUACCAUACAGCUACUUUUACAAUAUCGUUUCCACAUGCAAAAGAUACAUGUUAUCUAGCAUACCAUUAUCCUUAUACUUAUUCUCUUUUAAAGAACCAUCUUCAACAUAUCGAAGAUUUUUUAGAUCCAUCAAUUUUUUAUUGUCAACAAGUUCUUUGUAGUUCUUUAGCUGGGAACAAAGUACCUUUAGUCACCAUAACAUCAAAAGAAAUAGAUGAAAAAGAAAAGGUGUAUGUGUUUCUGACUGCCAGAGUACAUCCAGGAGAAACAAAUUCAAGUUGGAUAAUGAAAGGAAUAUUGGACUUUCUCACAAGUAACUCUGAGGAAGCGUGCUCUUUGAGAUCUGCUGUUGUUUUUAAAAUUGUUCCUAUGCUUAACCCAGAUGGUGUUAUAAAUGGAUGUGUGCUGACUAAAUUUCCUUGCCGCCCUUGUGCAGUGAACAAAUCUCACUCUGCCCUUCAUAGAUGUUCUUUAUCUGGCCAAGACUUAAAUCGUAUGUGGAAGCAGCCAGAUGCUGUCUUACAUCCAACCAUCUAUCACACUAAAUUGUUUUUAAAGUAUCUCGCUUCUAAUGAUAAAAAACCAGAGAUUUUUGUAGAUUUCCAUGGUCACUCGAGGAAAAAAAAUUUAUUUAUGUAUGGUUGUCGUGAUGUGAAUUUAUCAGAAUCACUCAGUUCACUUCAACUUAACAAUAAAUGUUCAAAUUCAAUGUGCCAUGAUAUUGAAUUACUUCCAAAGAUAUUGAGUCAAGAAACACCAUGUUUUUCUCUAUCACAGUGUAAUUUUUUAGUUGACAAAUCCAAAGAAUCAACUGCUCGUGUGGUUUGUUACAGUGAGAUAGGUAUUCGUAAAAGUUAUACAAUGGAAAGUACAUAUUGUGGUAUGGAUCAGGGUACAUAUAAAGGACAUCAUAUUGGAACAGACGGACUAAAAUGCAUGGGUCGUGAUUUCUGUUUAGCCUUGGAGAAGUUUUUUGUUUUGUCAGACGUCAUAUAAGCAAUAGAAAUAGAUCAGACAAAAUAAUUAUAUAUGAUUAUAUAUAGAGAGAGAUUUAAUUAUAUAUAGAGAGAAAUAAUUAUAUAUAUAGAGAUAAAUAAUUUCCACGGUUAAUUACCAUGUAAUUUAAUGUUAAUAAUAUACUUUUUAAAUUUAUUAUCAA